AUGGGAUUCUUGACAUCUCGUGUAACUGAUAUAGACGUACGAGAGUGUACGAUUCCAGGCGAGAUCGCUGCGCCUGCUCGGAGAGCUUCAGCAAGCCCCAAAGAUGGUAGCGACCUUGCUAAGGCGGCCGCUGCGGUUGCCAAAGAUAUCACGGACUGGAAGCCAUCGAACAAACUGUCUGAUGAAGACAAGAAAGUUAAAAUCAAUACCAGCCCGGUUGAUGAUUGGGUAGUCACGCAACUUGACGCUUUUGAUGCAAAUGCAAUCUUAUUUCAGCCCCAAGUACUGGCUCCGUUGUCUCUUAAGGCUAUUCAGGAUAUCUUCAACCUCGCAAUCACUGGCAAAAGUUCUGUCCUGAUAGGCGCCAGAAAUCCGGCCAAGGGCAUGGUCAUGGUCACCAAGGAUUUCCUCCAAAGCAAGCCAAACGGCAUUGGUCCAAAAAGUGUCAAGGAUGAUGUUCUAAGCCUCUUUUCACGAGUCCUAUCGAUUGGAGUCAUAGACGGUCAGAUCGGCGGCCUCAAGGAUGCGUUAGAAUAUGUUGUCAAUACUCCAAGAGCAGUUCCUCUUUUGGAAUUUCGAGCGCUUGCAAGUAAAGGUCCAGUAGACAUGGAAGUAUUUAACCAAAGCGUGGAUGCUACCAUAGCAGAUUAUCACACCAGCUGCGGGUACACGGUCUUGUCCACAAAUACUGUAGCGAAUCCCAUCACAAUAGAAACACAGACCUACACCGCCGGCUGUUCCGCCUGCACCCUCGUCGGUGGCAUCGCUGACACCCCAAAAUGCACCUCAAUCUCCGGCUGCACAACCACAAGCACCGCCCCAUCCGCAACCUUCACGGUCUUCCUCUCCAACGAUACCGUCUCGAUCGGCGACGCCGAAAACGCUAACGACGGUAGCGACCUGCGAAAAAACGCUUUCGACAAGAUCCAAGCGCUCUGCCCGGACAAAUCCGAUCACUGCGAUUCCAAGCAGCACGCUGUUAUCGAACACGUGCCCACCAUCAAGGGCGAGAACGAGGAGAAUGGCAAGGAAAAGCUCACCUUCACGCAACAAGCCGCGAAGAAGUCCUGCAAGGAGCUCGACUACGUUGAAUCUUCCCAGAAUGGCUGUUCUCCCACCGGGCCGGUAAAGCGUGGUCUUGGCGCUCUUCAGCUUGUUGAACGACGCGACCUGUUGUUCAACGCCACGGAGCUCGAAAAACGCCAUUUCUGGCAAACCAACGAAGACAAGCCCCAAGAAUGCCACUACAAAGGCACGGUCUGCUCCGCCCCGAACCACAUAACACCCAUGAAAGCCAGUGGCUCGGACCCGUACGCUAAUCACCUAAGCAUAGCGGUCGUGGAGCAGCUCGAAGAGGGGAUCUCCGCCUUCGAUGAGUUCAUCUGCGAGGCGAUCAUUGAUGGAUUGAGUGAAUUGGCGAUGUUGGUCGCGCCGGAGUUAGCUCCUGCAGAUGUGGGAUUAGAAUUGGAGUUCCAGACGCUUUGUAGGGAUGCUGUGAGCGCUAUCACCGGUGAUUGA